AUGAUAUGGUCGCUCUAUAGCAGUAGGGGCCUGCGGGAGAGCGCCAUCAAGGACCUCCCCGUGCAGACGGUGGUUGAGGACACCACGGACCCCCAGACCCGGGCAGCGCUGUCCGCCAGCACACGCCUCUGCUUCCCCGAGGCCAAUGCCGACUACUACGGCGAGGAGGCGCUGCAGAGCCAAGUCGUGGAGUCGAUGGACGCCUGCUGUGCGGCCUGCGUCGCCCUGCCGGCCUGCAACGUGUACGUGUACUGCCACUCGGCGGCGGGCUGCGGCGACCAGCUCACCGGCACCUGCUGGCUGAAGCACGCGCGCACACUGGACCUGGCCCGCCCCGCCGGCUCCCGCUCCGAGGCCCUGGGCUGGUCCUCCGGCGCGGUGGCCACCGCCGUGGACCGCGCCGCGGCCCUGCUGGCCGCCAAGCAGGCGCAGGAGACGGAGGCGGCGCGCCUGGCGGCCCUGCGGGCCAACGCCUCCCUGCCCCUCGUCUUCCUGGACGUGGCCAUCAAGGGCACGCCGCAGGGGCGGAUAGAGGCGGUGCUCUUCCCGGACGUCAGCCCCCGCUCCGCCGAGAACUUCCGGCAGCUGUGCACGGGGGAGAAGGGAACCGUGCCGGAGGGGAGGGAGGGGGCAGGCAUGGCGUACCACUUCAAGGGCGCGUCCUUCUACCGCAUCAUCGACGCCUUCAUCGACCAGUCCGGCAUCAACACCGAGUCCGUCUUCGGCGGCCAGUUCAGGGACGAUGCCGGCGGCCUGGCCCUGCACCACACCCGCAAGGGCCUGCUGUCCAUGGCCAACAUGGGCCCCAACACCAAUACCGCCCACUUCUCCAUCAUGAUGGGCCCCGCCCCCCACCUGGACGGCUCCUACACCAUCUUCGGCCAGGUGGUGGCGGGGCUGGAGGUGGUGGACGCCAUCAACGCGCUGUCCAAGGGCCAGCCGGAGAAUACGGCGGGCCCCGACGCAGGGGCAGUCAUUGUGGAUGCGGGAGAGCUCCGCCACGGCACCAUCGUGCCCAACCUGGAAGCCUGA